AUGCCCGCCUCUGUCACGCCGAACAUUCCUGCCAACGUCAUCAUGGUCAGUCCAUUUUGACGACCCACAACGAUUGCUCUUUUUGUCGUUAUCAGUCAAAUUCUUUUUUUCCAAAGGUUCUUCCCAUGUCUGAAAAACAUGAAAAAAAGUCAUAUGGCAACAUUAUUAAUUUUAAAAAAAUUUAAUAAAAAAAUAAAUAAAAAAAUAAAAAGCAUAAAAAAAGAAAAAAAUGGAAUUCAAUAAAAAAAUGCCUAAAACGCGUCACAGUCAUUGCGGACAUGUCUUUGUAUACCGUAUAUGUUUCAAAAGUAUAUUUUACAUUAUCCCUGAAAGUUAUAUAUAAAUCGGAUAAGUACUCGCUGAGAUAUCCCCAAAAAACCAAAACUUAAUAGACUUUUGAGCGGUACUGUAGAUCAAGAAUUGUUCAGGGCAACUUUUUGGAAAGUCCCAAACAAAAAAUAAAUUAAAUUCCUUCGUGAGCAAAAUUUUAAAAGUCUGGACCGUUGCUUAUCAAAAAUUACCUUCUUUAUAGGAGUCGUUGAUGAAACUGAUAGUAUCAUGAAAAGGCGUGUAAUGAAUAGAACCUGACGUGGAACUUAAAAGAAAAAGUUUUUUUUUGGAUACAUAGAGGAAGAAGAGCAACGUAUGGAAGAGAUUGCCUUAUUAACGCUUGUCUCUGCAGUAGAGCGUCGCUUCGUGUUUUUCGGCGCGGAAAAUGGGAGGAGGGAAAAGUGAUGAUGAAGAAGAAGAAGAAAAAGAGGAAAAAAGGGCCGACGACGUAGGAGAAGCUUCUCCUUGACGUCAUGACGGAGAAAAAGAAGUUUUUUCUUUUCUUUUUUUCAGGAGAACGUGAUCGAACGACUUCGCGAGCUGAUUUUCCAGUGCGAGCAGACGACCAAGGCCUGCGCUGCCCACUAUUUCAAGGUUCGUUUUCUUUUCAUAUUUAUAUUUUUUUCCGUUCUUUUUCUUUGAAUGAAAAUGUUGCGGAGUUAAUAGGAAAAGUCUGGAGCAUGGAGCUCUAUGCUUUUGAAUUGAAGAAAUUGGGAGAAAUGAUGCCGCAUAAAAAACUGAUUGUUGACCACGGAGCGCAGUUGAUGAAAAAAGAUAGCGUUCAGGACUGGAUUAUCUCUUUCUUUUUUUUUAAAAAUUGAAAUUUGCUGUCUCUUCUUUAUUUCGCAGUUAAAAAGUGUAACAGACCUUGGUGAUAAUUUUUUUUCUUUUUCCCGAAUUUUUUUGAGACUGGUUUGGCGGUACUCACUUCAAAGGUUUUGCGAGAGGGAUUGUAGGAAAGAUUAUCGAAUUUUCUUUUGAAAACACACAAAAACAGAUUUUUUGUUCUUUGUAGGAAUAACCGAUAUUUUGGACAAAAGGAAUUUCCAAAGUUUGAGGUUUUUUUCUGGGAGGUUUCCGUCUUAGAUUUUUUUCAAAAAAACAUUGAUAGAAAGUUCUCGUUUUAGUUUGUGUUUUCAAUAUAAAAAAUUCUUUACAAUUCCAAAACAUUUUUGUAAGUUAUAAAAUUCCCGUGGCGCAGUUUGAUAAUGAAUUCGAGACCAUUGAAUUCCAUUCAUGUGCGAAAAAGCCUUCAAAACCUCGUUUUCUUGCAUUCAUCGCUAUUUUUUUCCUUUAUUCUUCCCAACGCUGUGGACUAAAUCAAAAAUGAUUAUUACGCCAAGGCGGCCUUUCUUUUCUUUUUUUUCUCUCAAUUCUGAAGAAUACUUUUUCUUGGUGUGAGUUUUUUGAGGUGCCGUUGAAUUUCUGCAAAUAUUUUCUUCAUUUUUCUUUUUCUUGAUCAGACUCAAAAAGCCGUUUCGAAUCGAACGAUUCUCGAAAAAGGUUUUUUUAUAUUUUUUUAGAUUUUUAAAAAUAAAAAAAUAGUUUUUUUAUUUAAUUUUAAAAAAAGCGAUUUUUUUAAAUUUUUUUACUUUUUAUAUCCCGAUAAGUUGAAUAAGAAUGGUUGGAAAAAAAUGUUUUUUUCAUGUUUUUUUGGUGUGAUUGGGAGAAGAUAUUAAGAAAAAAAGCUUUCAUAUUUCGAAAUUUAAAAAGAAAUGUCAAGAAGGUAAAUUCGUCUAAAUUUUUUUGGUGAGCACAUAUCUUUAUGAUUUAAAAAAGGUCAAAAUUAUCGAGAAAAAUUGAAAGAAAAAAUUUGAUGUUUCUGUAAGAUCAGAAGGUUGUUCUGUAGAAGAACUCGUUACAAUCUCAAGUUUUUCAUCCAAAUUUCUGGAAGAAAUCUUAUUUAUCGUUUGUUUCCUUUUGUUUUUACACGCCAUUUAGCCGAAGAAGACGUCAAUCGGCGCGCAUGAAUUUUUAACGCAGUCUUCCAAGACUUUUUUAGUCCCCAAAACUUUCGUGCUUCUUCCACUUGGAAAAGUUUAUAGAAUGAACUUCACUCGAUAUAGAAAAGUAGGACAAUUUCAUGGGCUUUUAUUUCUGUCGGCAUUUCGAACUCCCUUCACCCACCCACGUAAUUGUCCUCAUUAUGUGAUUCAUAGCUUCCCGUACUUGAGCCUGUUUUUAAUCAAAACGGUCGUUUCCUUGUUUUCUUCUUCUUCUUGUUCAUUAUUUUUUGAUGGUUCAAGAACACAGAUGACGGAAAAUAGUAUCAAAAUUUUUGAGAUGAAAGACUUGACGAUAGACGUUUAAUUUAGAAAAUCCAGAGUGGUCCUUAUAGGGCUACCUUAGGAGCCUUGUAGGUUUCUCUUUAGGGGCCAUCCCUCUCCCUAUCGGGGCAGCAAAAGUAGCCUCUAUAGCGGGUUUAGUUAUGGGAUAAGUGAGCUCUCUAGUCGUUUGUACAUCGCAUGAGAGAAAAAACUUCCAUCGGAAAAUUUGAUACGUUAUUUGAAUGAAAAAAGAUCAACAGAGGAUAUGUUGAUCAAGUUUUUCUUUCAAACUUUCAAUUUAUGAAAAGAUUUAAAAACCCCUAUAGACACCUUAAGUUUUAGAUACUUAUGUGUCAGACCCUAAAAAGGAUCACCUGAAUUUAACCUUGUAGGAAACACUAUUUUGCCCCCAUAGGGAUCGUUUUUCCCCUAACCCUGUAGAGACCGCUCUGGCGCAUCAUUAAAAAAAAGUGUGUAAACUUCUAAAAAUCAUAUCCUUUCUCUUUUUUUUAAUACGAUGGAAUAAACAUUUAUAUGUAUCCAAAAUGACUUUUUCUUCGGCUUUUUUGAAAUUCCGGUUGAAUUUUCAUUGUUUACAAUAUCGAUGCGUUAAAAAGUCGAAAAGAUGUGUUUCAUAGUAUAAAAAGACGAAAUUUCAUGAUUUAAGUCAAAGAUUGAGCGUGAAUUAUUUUUUUCGAACCGUUUUUUUUUCUAACUUUGAGGCUUGAAAGUAACAAGAAGCUAUCUGGAUUUUGAAAAAAAAACUUUGGGAAUCUAUUACAAAACGUGGAAUUUUUGAUUAAAUUAGAUUCCAUUUGUUUUAGCGACAUCAAAAUACUUUUCCCCACUACUUUCUUUUUCAUUAGACGUGAUUGAGUUUCACGGAUUUUAAGCUUUUUCGUGGUUUUUUUUCAAAGCGUCGCGGUCGCGUUGCGGUUGGAGUAGUUCUACUGAAUAUUGAAAACGAAUAUAUAAAAAUUUUGAGCGCCUUUUCGAUCUUUCAAGUCCAUUUGAGGUCAAUCUUCUCUGAAACUCAUGCCUUCGCUCAAGCUCAUGCAAACGCUCAUACUAAUUUAUUCCACGUAGAUGAGUCUCGUCUCGUUUUUUCUGUCGUCGAUUCUCCGUUGAUUUCGAAGCCGACUUUGACUUUUCUUUUUUUCGAUCUGAUUGAACUUUUCAUCUUCUCAUUUUGCUCUCAAUAUGAGUUUUUUAUGCAAUAUUCAUUUUUUUUCACUUCGGAAAUUACAAGAAGUUAUGCAAGAAGAAUUAGCAUUAGCAUUAGAAAGAAGAAUUUCAAUCGAUAAGUAAAAACCUAUUGCCGCACGUAGAAUGGCUCAACGGAAUUCAACGGCGAAAGGCCUUAUGGAUGUCCUACCUAAAACGACUUGAGCGUGGACUCAUUGGCAACUAUGAAAUUUAGCCCUUCAUCCAAAUUCGAAUCGCAAGAAGCUUUGUAGUUUUGGAAUCAAUAAGAUUGUUUUUUUUUUUGGAAGAAUCUACAUGAAUUUGAACGAGAGGGAGGGGAAUUCAUCUGUAUUCACCCGUGUUUGCGACGCUUUCAAUUAGUUGAGCCUUGUGAGGCCAUAUAUAGGAGGAUGAGUCGAUUUUGACCCUCGACACCGACUUUUUCAACAAGUGAAACUUGCGAUCAUGAUCUUUCAACCGUAUUUUUGAUUUUGAAGUUUGCUCAUGAAAGAUCGUUAACGCCGAGCUCAUAGUUAUUGAAUCUUUUCGACUUUUAUAAAUAUACUUCUCUUUUAAAACCCCUAGUUUUGUGGGUAAAAGUCGUAUUAACGAAAAGAACAAGAAAGUGUACUUAAGAUGAAUCAACCUGAGAUUCUCUCACCUUUUUUGUUCUGACUAGACUUCCCUGUCAUCGAAUUUUCACGUCUCCUUUUUCAUAAACCGUGCCUCUAAUAAAAAAAAAACAAUUUUUCGGUACGAAUAUCGUUCUCCUCAACGUCAUUUUUAUCCAAUUAAAUUAUUCGCUCAUUUCCUUGUUUUUUUUUUUCGUUCCUUCUACCUCCAGAGGCGGGAGAACAACAAUACGCGUGCCACCAGACGGCGCCCAAAAGCAAAGUUUAAUUAAGGAUUCCAUUUUGGCACGCAAAAACCGCUCUGCUUUCGGUUUCCUGCGUCAUUUUCCGACCAAAUUCGGUUUUUUUUUUGUCAGUAGAUUUAUAUUUUUUACCGUUAAAAUAAGCCAGAAGUUUAAUAUAUAGUUGAGAAUUUUUCGAUUACUUAGUUUAAAUUAAUCCCAAAAAUUUGCUAAAAAACGUCCGGCUCGCGUUACCAAUCUCGGACCUUGGUAAUGCGAUCCCGGACGUGUCGGAGAUUUUCUAGUGACCAACUUAGUAGCGUAUCUUAAAUGAUCUUUAGAAAUUCUUAGAAACGUUCAAGGCGCGUUACCGUAGUACUAAAAAAGAGAUCCAAGUGUUUCGCUGGAGCGAAAUUUCAAGGAUGUUCAAAAUAAAUCUUCUUUUGCAGUCGUUGGCAACGCUGUGGGUGCGACUUCCCGGCUCGUUCCACGAGCUGUCGGACGCCACCCGCGAGUAUCAGCCGGGCGCUGAGUACAUGGCCUUUCUGCACACCCUGCCGACCCGUGCCGCUUCCUCCAGCAGCUUGAUACGGUAUUCUUUUCCUUCUUUUCCGCUUUUUUUCAAUAUUUUCAUCAUGUUUUUGUCGGGAAAAUCUAAAUUUUGCUGUUAACGAAAUUCCCCGUUCAUUAGUUCGCCGAGAUCUUUGCAGAUUAAAAAAUUAAUAGACAUUUCAAAAAAGCGUUUUCACUGAGACUUCUGCGCCUUUGAAACCUUGACCAGUAACCAAAAUACUUUUAGAUAACUUUACAUUUGAAAAAAUCUCAUUAACCAACUUUGACAAAUUUCAAAAACUUGUAGGAUUAUUUAUAGAUUGAAUUGAGAGUCCUUGUAUCUUCACCAAAUUCUAGGAUUCACAUGAAGACCUCAGAAACCUUGGCGAAUAGGGAAAUAAGAAACGAGACACUCAUUUCAUGACCAACACCGUCUGUUGGAUAGAGAGAAAAUGUUGGAUUGGAACGCUUCUCAGUUUGCUCAUUCAUAUCAUCUUUCCCGUUUGUUCUUCCUCUUCUUCUUCUCUUACCAACUUACACUUUUCGUCCUGCCCCCGUCCGACAUAAUGUUGGAAGGAAGGCUGGCUCUUUCCCUCGGGCUCUAUUGAAUUUCGAGUUGUUGCCGAAUUGCGGUUUGACAUGCAUCCUUGGGCGGUCGCCAAUUAAUUCCCGACAGAAACGGAACUCUUUUUCUCUUUCUUUUCCUUCUAUUCGACUGAUCAACCAGAGGAGCAAUGUCUGUCUGUUUUCUGUUGCCUGAGGAAAGCAGGUCCUUUUUUUCUCUUCUACCCUUUUUUCCUUCAGAGCUGAAUGUCAGUUCCAGAAAAGUUGGAAAAAGAGCAAAAAAAAAAUUGUCGAUUAUGAAAAGUAGUUGAGAGAAUGCAACGAGGAUGCAAAAGGCUUUGAAGGGCAAACGAUUUCAAAGAGAAAAAUGUUUGGGAAAUUGUACUUUUUUCAAAGUUUUUCUGAAAAAAUACUUCGUUUUGACACUCUGAUGCUGUUUUCCAAGCUAUUAUAAUUUGCUCAAUUCGUCAUAAUUUGAAAGCCAGUGGUAGCAUCUAGAAUGACUAACAACUGUGAAGUGAUGAUGAGAUGCGUCUGACCCAAAACUACUUGCGCGCGCUCCUCUCGCGAAAAAAUGUUGUGUCGCUUCGAUCCAUUCCACUUGCGACCAAAACGUUUUCAAUCGGCUAAAAUGAAAUGAUGAUUUCGAAAGAACAGAUUCGUUUUAGCCAUCGAGAAAUAAUUGGAAAAAGUUGGCUUUUGAUCAAUCUCAAAAUUGUGCGGCGCCUUUAGAAUAUACGAAAAAGAAGUUUUUUGGGAGAUCAGCAAACUUUUUUGAUUCGUUUUGAGCGCCACGGCACGUCUUUAAUUUAAUUUUCCAGACAAUACGCCGUGCGUGUUUGAUUAGUUUCUUUUUUUGUCUUUUUUUUUUGAAGGGUUUUUGCUCCUUCUCACACGUCGCCUCAAUUGCAAAAUGUCAUGUCGGUGGCACAUUACGGACUUUUAGACGUUUCAUUUGCGGGGACAAUAAAAAGAGUCCGUCUGCAAGAAUAUUCAUUAAAAACACGAAACUUUUUCCCAAGGUGAUUACUGUAUGGGAAUUACCCGUGAGAGAAUUUUUUGAACUUUUUAACUCUAGUAAAUGUAUAAAAGCCUUGGAUUACUUGGAUCUUUCAUUUCUCCACUUACUUUGUAGCAAUGCUUCUUUUCAGGUCAGUGGCUGCAAUUUUCGAAUAUUUUAAUUUAGUAAGUCUCCUAAACGAUGUGUAGAAAAUUUGUAGAUCAGUGCGAAUUUUUCUCUAAUUCUGAACCAUUUUGCCUCUCUCCCAGGAAUUUUUUAUCGUAAAGUUAUUGUUUAUUUCUAUUUCAUAGCAAAAUUUUGAUGAUUCAAGUAAUUUUUGAAAGGAAAUGUUAAGAUGUGCAAAAAAUAGCUCACUGGAGGAUUUCAUUCUGGGAAUCUCACAUAAGAAGACGCAUUCAAAGGGCUCAAGAGUUUCAUGAAGGUAUAAAUCAUCCGCAAAUCUAUCUUUAGUGAAUUUCCAAAAAAAAAAAGGGGGGAGUAGAGUAAUUUCACUGAAGGUUUUGAUUCAGGCAAUAAAAUGACUUGAAGGUUUUUUGAAAAUAUAACUAAUCCGAAAAUUUCAACAGUUCCGACCGGUCUGUGGACGAAGGCGUCGCUUCAUGCGAUGGAUCGACGUCGCUGACAUCACUUAGGCGGAAUGCUCUGAAUCCAGACGACGAGAGCGUCUUGCCGGACACGAAAAGGCACAAAAAGACGAGUUAUGGUUAGUUUCCACUGAUAAAGAUUAUGAAAGUUAAGAAAUUUCCCCAAGGAGUAGAUUUAUUUUUUUUUUUUGCAACCGGAUCAUAAGUCUGAUCAAAAAAUUGCCACGAAGCUCUGUGAAAACGAAGAUUUCGAUGAAACUCACUUCACUUGGAAGAUGAAACUCAUUCAUGUUUGAAAAUUACUGAUUUUACCCAAAAAAAUUUCUUGAGAGGUGAUCCGUCCAAGCUCAUCUCGAGGGCAGUUUUUGAGACCAGAUUUGGAAUCAGCGUCAGAAACUAUUUUUCCUGGAGUGCCACUGGGAAUCAAUUGUUGAUCGAGUCGAAAAUGAAGCCGCUCCACGAUCAUUAUUCAUGUUUCGACUUGCAGCUGGGCGGAUAUUUGACUGCGAACUCUCUUUGGCUGCCCAGUCGCACAAACUCCAAAGAACGAUGCAGCCGUCGAAGUGCGCCGCCUGUGAAACCCUCUCAAUACUGUACACAGUUCAGUGCACCAAGUGCGGCUAUCAAUGGCACAAAGCUUGUUUCCCGAGGGUUCGAUUUGAAUAGAAGGCCAUCAGAAAAAGGCUCCUCGUUGUAGAUAACCGCCGCCUGUGGGCAAACGCCACGGGUCGUCGACCGAAGGACCAGCAUUUUUGGCGUGGCCCUCACGAAAUACCUCGAAGCAGAACAUCGGAGUGUCCCCCUGAUUCUGGAGAGGAGCGUCGAUCAGCUGCAGAGAAGAGGCCUUCUCGUGAAGGUCAAUAGAGAAAUGACAGCUUGAGAAAAAUUUUUUUUUUGAGAAGAUUUUUUUCCGAGAAAAAGUGAAAUUGAAAUCAUCAUGAAAAAGAAAUUAAGAUUACGAAAAAUAAAACUAUCGCAAAAAAAUACAUUAUGCAAUAGAGCGACUCUGCUUCCGCAAAAUGAGACUUGAGCAAAAAAUUGAAAAAUAAACCUCUCUUUUAUCAAAAUCUUAUCCUUUUUAUUCCAUAAUUUGUGUCAAAGUUUUCAAGUUUUCUCUCUCUCUCUUCAACCUUGCCCGGAUUUCGUUCGGUUAUCAAAGAUUGCUUUUGUUUUCAGGGAAUCUACCGAACCUGCGGAGUGAAAUCAAAAAUUGAAGAGAUUUGUGAAGCUUUCGAACGGUAUUUAUUCAUUUUAUCUUCCAGUUUCAUCCACUUUUUCUUCAGUAGUUCUGUCGAAGAUCAAGUGUCCCUGGACCACGUCCACCCGAUGAACCUCGCGUCGGUGGUUAAACUUUACCUGAGGAAACUUCCCGAGCCUCUCCUCACCUACGAACUCUACCAUGACUUUGUCCGCGUCGGAACUGUAAUAUUGAUCGAAAUUGGCUGGAAAAAAAAAAUGAAAAUGACUUUAGUCUUGCACGACAAAGACGAACGAAGACGAGGACCCCGUGGAAGAACUGAAGACGUUGUUACGGAGGCUGCCGCCCUGCAACUACGAGACCCUCAAAUUCCUCCUCCUCCAUUUGAAUCGCGUGUCUUGGUGAUUAUUAAAUUUUUGCGAACCGCUUUCUAGAUUAUGCUAAGGGGUUGAAUUAGUUUAUAUUCAAAAAAAAAACCAGAGUAGUGGUGCAUUUUGCGCGAUUAUUGAAAUAGUUGUCAAUUAUUGCGUUUGGUCUGCAAGCAACAAAGUUUACGACAUUAGGGAUUUUUACGAGUCUUUUCGAAAGACUUUUUUACACCUUUUUAAACUCUUUUCUUUCAACACCUCUUCAUUCCCUUGGAGCAGCAUUGAAACAUUUGACAAAUUAGUAGUUAAAUGUUUUUGGAAGGUUUAUUUAUGUAGAAAUAUUCUUAUAUUCUUAGGUUUAACCUUGAUCAUGUGAGCUGGAAGAAACCUUGCUUUUUGAAGUUUUCAUAAUUUUUUUAUCAAGUUUGCCUUUCAUGUGCUCGACACAAUAACUAUCGGCUAUAUUUUAUUCUCAUCAUUGGGGCUAUUUAUAUUGUCUUGACCUUGUUAUAUUUUGAAUGUAGAUAUAAAAAUAUGUUCUGGGUUUGAUCAAAAAUUUUUAAGGUUCCAAGACACGAAUCUGAUGGGGGCCUCAAACCUUUCCACAGUGAUAACGCCUUCUUUGAUUUGGACGCCGCCGACCGACGUCGAUCACGCGGCGGCGAUUGUUCACACUCAGUACACGAACAAGUGUGUCGAAGUGAUGAUCCGCAAUGCCUACGUGAGCUUGCUGUACUUUCCUUCUCAAUUAAUUUCUAUUUUUGAAGAAUUUAUUUGCGGUUGACCGCCAAACGGACUGGCAGACCUUCUUCGGUCGAUACAGCGUCGAAGAGCCGCCCAAGAUCGAAGUUCCCGGCGACGAGUCUGACGUCGAGGACGGAGAUGAGCUCGACGAGGAGCUGGACGACGAGGAUGACGAAGACCAGAUGUUCUUGCCGCCGACGCCCGACAUUCUGAAGAACACCCGGAAACCGGCUCAGCCAAACUCUUGCAUCCCAGUUGUGAAAGGUUCAGAAGUUUUCAGCAAUUUAUCGCUCAAAUCUCAUUUUUUUUUCUGAUUAUUUAAUAAUUUUUCUAUUUCUUUAUAUAUAAUGUUUUUUUUAAUUUUCUAGAAAUAGCGUUCUUGCUCUCUUAGGCUUACUAUGAAAUAGAAGAGCGCAACACAAUUGAAAAACAUUUUCUAAAUUUUUAUCUUAAAACCUUUUUUUUAGUUUUUUUGUCUUGCCAAGUAGUUCGUUUUUCAGCGACAGUGGAACGAACGCAUAGCGCUCGGAGGUCCGACGAGUCACCGAUUCAAGCGCGACCAGCCGAAUCGCGACGACGACUCGCGUCGGAGAAGACGUCGCAGCCGCGACGGAGUUACACGACUUCAAUCGUGAUAACGCCUCUGGAGUCGUCGUCGACGACUCGCGAAGACUUCGACAACGACGACGAAGAAGAUGAAGAGGACGAUGAGGACGCCGGCGUCGACACCGCCGAUCAUCGUCAUCAUCAUCUGAAUCACAUCGGCCAUCGGCACGUCUUCGACGACUACGCCGAUCAGUUCCACAACGAGAAUGAUGUGACGUCCAAAAAGGUGAGCACUUGUAGGCUUUUUUGAAUAAAGAUACAUAGGACAGAUCACCCUGAAGAGUUCCCUCGGACCUCGAAUUUAAGACUGCUUGUGUCUUGGAAUUAGAUGGGGAAAAUUAAUAUUAAGGAAAAUUGUUUGAAAAAGCAUUCGAUGAAUUAGGGACUAAUUUCUGAUUUUUUUUUUCAAUUAGGAUCACGUUUCAAAAACUUCAUUAACACUUUAAAAAAAUUUGAAGUCUCUAUUAUGGUCUUUUUGGUAGAAUCUGGUAAACUUUUUUUUUAAAUGUUAUGGUAGUUGUUUGAUGCAUAUAAAUUCAAAAAGGUCACAUUUCCCUCAAACCAAACAUCUUCAACUCUUUCUGCACGUGAAUCGGUUUUUUCUUUCUUGGUUCACCGUUGUUGUGGUAGAAAAAAUUGGUUUCCGCUUCGAAGCAUUCCUUUUUUCUGCCUAAUUUUUUGUUGAACCUGAAGCGCCCUCGAGGAAUUCUUGUCCCCUUUCACCGCCAAUUCAAUUGAACUCGUAGCGGCGAAAGAUCACCGCGUGACAUCCGUUUUUGCGCUUUUUAUUUUUCUCCUUCGUUUGAGAAUCCUUGGUUCCUUCUAAAAAGUUUUAGGAGGUAUUUGGGGGCGCAAAAAUAAUAAAAAAAUGGAGGAAGCUCUGAAAAAAGCCAUUCCUCUCAUAAUACUCGGUUUAUUUCAUUCUCUUGGUACUCAAGACAACUUUCCAAGCACCGGAAUGAGGCUUCUGCAAUUUUGUAGGUGGAAUCGACGCGGCUCUGAUGGUUCCUCAACCACUGCACCACCCAAAAACACAGAAACUCACUACUGCAAUCGGCCCACCUCAAGCAUGUUGCAUGCCAGGUUUCCUCACCCUUUUUCCGUUAGCUUCUCCGGUUUUACGUUCUUCCAUCUUGGUUUUUUUUUUAUGGUGGUAGGGAUUUUCGAGUUUUUUUUUUGUUAGAAAUUUACGUUCUUUUCGCAAAGCAAGCAGGGGGACUUAUUAGUGUUUUUUUUUAUAAAUUUGCUCAAAAAUAAUCUACGGUUCGGGUGAAGGUUCCUCAUAGUGGCUAUUUGCUAGAGCCUUUGAUUUUGGAGCAAAGGAAGAAGAAGAUACUUUGAAAGCGCUGCAUUUUUCUUCUUCCAGCUGUUGGAAAAAAAAAAUCAAAAAAGUAGCGGUAUUAAUGGAUCGAAGUUGUAUGCGAUAAAUAAUUGCCAAGAAAAGGUACUGUAUUCACAGGGGCGGAGUUAGCUGCUUGACAUUCAUAACUUGAACAGACUUAAUCCGAAUUUUCACCGUUUGAACAACUGAAAAGAGUAUUUUUGAAUAAAAAAAAAGAAUCUCUCCUGAAAUCUUUUCAUAAUGCUUGUUUUUUUUGACGUUGAGCUUUCUUGAGAUAUCAGAAAGCUUCGAUGGAGUUCUGGAUAUUACAACCAAAAAAAAGGUAAUUUUCAGAAACUGGAUUCAAAAAGACGUGA